UGUAAUUGACUUUAGAACGCGGUUUGAAUUUUGAAAAUAGUGCAGUUUGUAUAAGAUCUUUAAAGUUUAAGCACUGUCCCAGAAACGCGAAUGUGAAGAUGAAUUAACUUAUUUGAAUUGAAUAAUUGAAAUCAGAUGAUGAAACAAGAAACGUUUUUAGUAGGAAUUUUGAAUAAAUUGUAAAUGUUAUAACCAUCAUGUCUAAUUACUUAUCCAUAACCGAUAUUUUAGUCAGUAAUGAAAAAGUACCGUGUAAGUUUUUACACGAUCUACCAAAAAUGGGAUUUUUGGACCCAUCUUGUACGGAAGAGGACUUGAAAGCUGGAACAAAUUUAGAAAUACCAUUGUGGUUAGCCGAGUCUCUUUCUUCCAGAAGACCACCACUUGCUAAUGUAGAUUUACCAAAAGUUUAUAAAGAAACUUAUAGAGAAAUUUUUAAUGCAGAUGCUUGUACUGUAGACCUGCAUAAGCUUUCACAAUAUUUUUAUGAGCUUGGCUGUUAUAUAGCUAAACAUGAUAUAAAGGGAGAAGUUGCAUCAACACUUGUAAAUACAUUCCGACAGCGUUUCCGAAUGAUUCUCUCUGCUAGUGUAUCAACAGAUUCAGUAAAUGCUGUUCAACCUUUAUCUGCCAGUGAAAGAGUUAGGACUGCUGCAGCUAUGAUUACUGAAAAAGCCCUCUCUGCAUGGUUGAAAAGAGGCGAUUGCCUGCUUACUACUGCAAAUAUGGUUGCUAACCAUAGAAAACGAAAACGUGCAGAGAUGGAAAUGCUAUAAUAAGCAAGAUUUAUCAUCUUUAAGUAUAUCAAUAAAAUAUAAUUUAUUCUUACA